AUGUCUACGGUAGUGAGUGGUGGUCGUAUAGUGGAGAUUGGUGAUGGUAUGUGGUGGUGGUGGAGGUGGGGAAGGGUGGUUGGUGGUGGUGGUGGAGGAGUACGUCUUUUUAAUUUCUCCGGACCACCAUUAAGAGCACCGGACAGGCGGUGGAACUGCCAUAUCUCCGCCGUCGGCCAUCUAACUGUCGGACCACUACUGAAAGCGUCGUUUCUCCGCUCUCUAGGAAUCUGCUUCACCUAUUCGUCUCAUCUGAACCACCUAUCAUACCUAGUUUCUUCGGAUCUGGAUUUGAAGUUGAAGGCACCAGAUCUGGUUCGCGGUCUCCACGAUACAGAUCAAGAAUCUGGAGAAAUGUCCACCAGAAUGAAAUGUUGUCGCGCUGGAGGUAAAAUUAGGGAGAUCUGA